UUACCAUGAGCUCAAUGGCACUGUUUGCUCGCACGUGCCACCUCACUUCAGACUCUUGUAGCUUCCUUCAGAUCCAGUUGUCCAGUGUGCAGCCUGACCUCAUCUACCCGGUGGAGGAAGAGUGGAACCUCGGGAUUUUCGACGCUCGGUACAAUUUUCCUGGGUUUAUGGAGGCUCUUGCUCGCAUUGCACACCUGAAGAAGUUUGGAAUGUUUGCCAUUUGCGAUCAGUUGAACAAGCUGCUUCACACACAGAUCCUUCCGUACGCCACUGGUGAUGACGUGGACUCCACGAGAGAGCUAUUGCAGCGACCGAGCGUGAAGAACAUCCUGUUCAACCAGAGAAGCGGGAUCAGAAAAUUCUACCACAAGCGGCUGAACCUCGAGAACGACGUGAGCACAAACGCCCGGUCGAUGACCUUGUAUGCUUACAUCGCAGCCCUCCGAGCGGCUGACCAGCUGGAUGAGGAGCUCACACCGCAGUCCGUGAAGGAGAUCUGGUUGGCUACAAUCUCCUAUGAAGUCCCUCCCGACUUGAUCUCAGAGGACGACAAGAAGAUGGAGAUAGCGCUGUGCGAGUUCGAAGAGAUUAUAGUACGCUCUGUGCUGCACAAGAGCAAGGUGAACGAAGACGGACUGCCUCAACAGCUCGACCUCUUCAUCAAAAGGUUCUUGAGAUACAAUGUGUAGAGAUAGAAUGCGAACAGAGCGAUCAGUUCAUCCC